UGGUAUGGAGGCCGUCUGGUUGUCAUGGCAACACGGAAUGCUUGCACACGGCCAGGCCAACUGCCAUUUCUCUUUCGAGCUCUUGAGCGGUAAAGAGGCUUUAUUUGUGACUGAGCGUUCACAGCGAUUAUUCUGUUCAUGGUGGUUUUUGUGUUAUCAAAAAACCAAUAUGAGAGGCAGGAAGAAGAAGACUUCUAUCAAGAAAGAAGACGGUAAAAGAAGACAACAGGGAGAAGAGGAGCAGCAAUGGACAGCAGUCCAGGACCAACGUAACUCCAUUAAAGACCUUCUGGAGUUGCAGAAGAAAGAUCUGCCCCCUGGAAAGAGAUUGUCCCUCAGGGUGGCUCUUCAGCAUCUAAAUCUACCCAUUGAAUAUUUAAUCAAUGGUGUUACCAUCAAAAGGGACCAAUCUUCACCAUAUAAGAUCACUGGAAAGAGAUUGACCCUCAGGGUGGCUCUCCAGCGCCUAAACCUACCCAUUGGUUAUAUAAUCAAUGGUGUUACCAUCAAAAGGGACCAAUCUUUAGGAUAUAAGAUCACUGGAAAGAGAUUGACCCUCAGAAUGAACAUCCAGCGCCUAAAACUACCCAUUGGCGAUUUAAACAAUGGUGUGACAGUCACCAGGGACCGAUCUUUCGGAUUUAAGAUCACUAAAACAUCAAGUGACAAGACCAACUACGGCAAGAAGAGGAAGAGAGAAGACAAGAAGACGAGCAAGGAAGGUCUAAUGAAGAAGAGAUACAGAGGUAAGAAACACUGCAAUGGAUACAUGGGUGGGUCUACAUUUCAUUCUAAUGGUAAAAAGAAAUUUGACUUUAAAUUCAAUGUAUAAUAUUAAAGCUUCUUUGUAAAAAAGUCUCUAAUAUUUUUAGCUGAUAUUUAAAGGGGAAUUGACUUGUCCCACUGUUUGUAAUAUUAUGUUUAUUAUCCCCAAUACCUAACACAAAUAUGUUUGUGAGGUAUGAACAUUACACCUUCAAGUACACCCCUAAAAUUGUAGCGUCACUCUUUGUCUAUGUGAAAUGUUGGGAGGUAUGGGUCUAGAACUAACAAGGCCCUGGUUACAGGUGGGCUUAAUGGCUCAAUGAUUGGAUGCAGCACUGUAAUAGACCAAUUGUAAAAUGUGUUAGUAUUAUUUGGCCUUGGAUCCAUUCAGAACUGAGCCUGGUGAGGAAGUUUGAUGUUGAUCUUUUAAUUUAGAAGGUAUUCAAUUUAGGUACACACUCCCCAAACACUGCUUUUCAUUGUUAUCUGCUCAAUACAUAAACAUGACUGAGUUAUAAAGAUGGUAUUUAACUUUUCACCAAACUGGGUUAUUAAAACAAAAUAAAAAAUUGUUGUGAAAUUAAAUAUGAAUAGAAAAUGUAGAUAUGCUAAUAUUUAUUUAUUUUAAAGAAGUCUUUUUUUUAAUUAAUAUUUGCUGCAUAUUUUUGCACUUUAUACAUUAUGGAGCUAUUUACAUAGUUUUGCCAGGUACCUGACUGGCGCUAAUGCUGAUUCUGGUCCGAACUAAUUUUUUAAGACAAAAAUUCAUACUAAAGGGCUCUCAUAUAACAUCCAAACUUGGUAUGAGUUGUUAUCAGAGUCGAAGUAUGUCACUUAAGCAUAUCAGAUAAGACCAAAAGCAGCAUAGGUACCCGACCAUUUGUAGACAAGUGACAGUUAACUGGCUUAACAUAUGAGGGGUCUCAUGGCACCAUAACCACUACAGGUUAAUAGUAGUUGUGGUGCUUAAACUAUACCUUAAAGGAUGAACCCAGGGGUGGCCCCAGGGCAUCAGGUUGUAAAACCUAGCAACGUUCCUGCACGAGCCAAAAUAUUUCAAACAUUUUCUAUUCAGUUUUCAUGAUGUGAAAAAAUUAUUGGUGAUGAUACAGUAAACUAAUAAUGAGAAAAUGGAAAUGAUAUUUCAGUUUUGAAUAACUUUUAUGUGGACAUAAAAAAGCACCCCCUCCUCAGCUGCUUUGAUACUGUAGAAUUUACACUUCUUCACUAUUAAAAUCAAUUCAGUCUAAUCUGGACAAUCUAAUCUAACCUGAGAGGGUUUAAACCAACCAACCAGCCCAGGACAUUUUCAGCCUAUCACUACUUUGUCGUUAAUAGAGACAAUUCACAUAUCACAGAAUAUUUAAUUAAAAAAAAAUAAAAAAAUAAAAAAUUGUCAACAACCCAUUUUAUAUAAUGUUUUACAUACAUGAUCUAUUUUUAAUCAAGCAGGAGGAACCAGCGUCCAUCAAGAGGAUCCCAGACCGUCAUCAGCGGCCUGUAUUUUGUUGGAGAGAUUGACAUUCCAUAAAGUGCUUGGACAAGGCAGCUAUGAAAAGAUAUGUAAUGUUGCAGUGAGUUCCCAAAUGCGUCAUAAAAUGUAAACUAAAAUAAUAAAGUGUGGGUAUUUUGGAGGUUCUAAAAUGAGCUAAACAUUGGGAAGAUGAGGAUGAUUUGAUGAUUAUGGGAUAGUUAGUGUGGCAAACGUAACCUCGCUACGGGCUCCUCGAGGAGCCUGCUUGCCAGCCUCCUUCCUCAGGACUAUGGGUCCUGCAGAAAAUACUGUAAAAUACAUUUUAAAUGGCUUGGUUUGUGUAAUUUCCUUAUACCCUUCGGGAACCACACAACCCAGGGACCACCCGUGACCUUGUUAAGCCCAACUGACACCUUGUAGCGAUUUCCACCUCAGUGUUCUUAUUGUUCGUCUGGGUGGCCGCCGUUUGUAUGAACGACCACGAGGUGGCGGCCAUCUUGUUCCCGCGAACGCCAGCAGUGGUGUUUGGGUGUCGAGCUCCUGGACCUAAAAAUCGGACACUGAAACUCCCAAACACUGGACAUAAUAUAUAGAUUCAUUGCUAUUAUCUAUAAAUGACACUAUAUUAUACAUGGCUGUAAUACCAAAGGUGAGGGAGCAAAACGCAGCUUUGCAGCCAAGAACCCGUGGAUCAGCUCUUCUCACUGUCUGUAGAGAUAUUACGGUUUCUGUAUAAAGAAACACUAAGAUAUGACUUCCUUAAACUGCGGAGCAGCCAGGGAGCGGAGAGUUUAGAAUCAGAAAUUUAG